AUGGGAGGCUUGAAAUCUGACAAGGGAGCUUACUUCAACAAGCUGAAGAGCUUGUUGGAGGAGUACCGCUCCGUCUUCAUCGUCACCGUCGACAAUGUCAGCUCUCAGCAGAUGCACGAGGUCCGCCAGGCCCUCCGCAGCGAGGCUGUCGUCCUGAUGGGCAAGAACACCAUGGUUCGCCGUGCCCUGAAGGGUUUCGUCGCUGAGAACCCCGAUUACGAGCGUCUCCUGCCCCACGUCCGUGGCAACGUCGGUUUCGUCUUCACCAACGGUGACCUCAAGGACAUCCGUGACAAGAUCCUCUCCAACAAGGUCGCUGCCCCUGCCCGUGCUGGUGCCGUCGCUCCCGCCGAUGUCUGGGUCCCUGCCGGCAACACCGGUAUGGAGCCUGGCAAGACCUCGUUCUUCCAGGCUCUCGGUGUCCCCACCAAGAUCGCCCGUGGUACCAUUGAAAUCACCACCGACCUGAAGCUCGUCGAGGCUGGCGGCAAGGUCGGCCCCUCCGAGGCCGUCCUGCUCAACAUGCUCAACAUCUCGCCCUUCACCUACGGUCUCGGUGUCGCCCAGGUCUACGACUCUGGCAACACCUUCUCCCCCGAUGUCCUCGACAUUGGUGAGGAGCAGCUCCUCAAGACCUUCACGAGCGCCAUCACCACCAUCUCGUGCAUCUCGCUCGCCAUCAACUUCCCCACCCUCCCCUCCGUCAUCCACUCGUUCUUCAACUCCUACAAGAACGUCCUGGCCGUUGCCAUCGAGACCGACAUCACCUGGGAGGGUAUCGAGGCCCUCAAGGACCGCAUCGCCAACCCCGACGCCUACGCCUCGGCCGCGCCCGUCGCUGCUGCCACCGAGACCGCCGCCGCUACCGAGACCAAGGCUGAUGAGUCCGAGAAGGAGGACUCUGACGAUGAGGGCUUCGGUGGUCUCUUGUGCGUAUCCCCGUGGUGGCAUCCGAAAGGAGCCCGUCCCCCAUGUGUGGACGAUGUAAUGCUGACGAUCCUCACAGUGACUAAACGCUCCAAAUCACGAGUGUUAUGCCGAGAUGACUAUCACGACGAUGAGCUGGAGCUUAUGCUACAGGUACAACGCGACAUGAAGAAGGCUAAGGUUCAUCAUCAACAAGUCCAAAUACAAAAAACAUAUGAAACCGAGCACAUAUACGCGCGCGCGCGCGUGCGCGCAAAGCGAGACGAUCAGUCCCGUCGUAGAGUGACAAUCAGUGAUGAAAGAACCACCGUGUGA